AGAAAUCAUAGAAUUGUUUCCGCUUGCCAUCUUAAGAUUAUUCUUUAUUGAAUAUAAGACUAAUCAAAACAGAGUAAAUAUCUCGAGAGCUAUUCAAAAUAGCUAUAUAGCUCUCGGAAAGUACUUUGCUUGAGACUAUGAAUUGUACGAAAAAACAUGCAAAGUUGCAAAAAAAUAAAAAGACCAACAAAAUGGUUAAACAAAUAACAUUAAUUUAUUUACGGUUGACGAUCUUGAAUGGUUUGCUAGCAAAAAAUUUCAACACAGCAACAAUAUACCAAAACCCGAGCGACUUCCAAGCGGGAUCAAAGUUUUGUAAAUUAAGUAUUCAGCUUGUCAACUUAAUCUUCGCGGCAAUCGAAGCUUCGAAAUAUCAUCAACUUUUGCUUUGGAGAAUGAGAACUAAUACUAUGAACAUAUUGUUCACUUAUAAUUCUAAAACCUUAGAUAUAACUGAAUAGAAUAUUAUUAGAGUUAAGUCUUUAGAUAUUAAAGAGGAAAUCAAACGACUACACAAUCCUGAUUUGGAAGAGGUCUUGGUUGAAUGUUAUAAAACAAGUACUAAUAUUUCAUUUCCAACCUAAGUUGAUGCUGGGAUGUACCCAAAAUCGUUCUGAAAUACACCAAAAGAAUCCAAAGCGUUUAUUCUAAAGGCUACACUUAAUUUGUUUGAUGAAUUUUUAUAGUUUGUUGAUGGAAAUGAAAUUAAUGUCUUUGUCAUCUAAGGAAUAAAUCUGUAGCUAGAAUGGUCGAAAUCACGCUAGCAUCAGAAGAAUACCCUAAAGUAAAUAUAGCUAAUGUAUGGAUGAAAUUUUUUCUUUCAUCUAGAGAGAGUAACUAUGGAUACCCAACAAGAGGGCUUGAUGUUGAAGAUAUAUUGGGCAAUAACAUUGAAUAACCACCAAAUAAGUAACCCAACUAUUUGAAAUCGAGUGGUUAUCUACUUCAGUUUGAAAUGUAAGAAUAGCUCUGAUAAUGUAGUUAUAAUUUUGAUUUAUGAGUGGAUUUGUACUAACUAUAGACUUUAGAGAUGAAGAUAAUUCCACCACAGAUAUUAAAUGGUGUUCUAUAGGGAUUUUAAUUGCAAAGAUCGUUCAGGAAAACACAAGAACAGAUAUAUUUAUUCUUUUUAAAGUUGGUAAAUAAUCUUAACUAAUUUACUUUUAGUUAAUGAAUGUAUGGAAAUAGUUAGCUGAGAAGCAAAAUCUUUCCUUAGAUAUUUUGGAUGUUGCUAUGAGUCAAAUACAAUAAAUAUUUUUUUCGGGAUUCACUUCCCGCUUUCUUUUGCUACCAAACAAACUAAUAUUGUAAAACUAGAACAACCAUUUCCAUAUUCAUGAUUUUAAGACCCCGAUAAGCAGAUAUAUCGCCAAUAUAUAUGAAUAAUCUAACAUCUUAUCAAGCUAAUAAUCUCCCUUUGCCAUUUAUUGGCCUUCAAAGACCUAAUGCUAACCUGGGAAAUGUACGGCGCUCAUCGUUUGCUGCAAAAAAUAUUCUUAUCAGUUAAAUGAAACUAGUGAUAAUGGAUCAAAUUUCCGUGUUUACAUUUUUCCUCUAAAUGUUAUUUAUGGUAAUCAGGGGAUGACCCUUUCCUUUCCGAAUACUAUAUAAUUCUUGAUUUUCCACAUUGUUUGCUUGCAUUACACUGUCCCAUGUAAAAACAUUAUAUCCCAUGGAGACUUCGAGAUUAUCACACUUUUUAGAAAACACUUACAUCCCACCACAAAAACCAACCAGAGCAGCAGUGGUACCUUCCUACCACCCAUGUCUUAUAGUACAAGAUAGACAAACUACAGAUGUGACAAAGAUCAAACCUUGCGGUUGUGCUGAUAGCUAUUGUGUCAAGAAUGCACCUGCUUGGAUCCCAAGAGCUAAACAUUGACUCAAAGUCACAUUCAAAUUUACUUCUUCUGGUUAAUAUUUUGCAAAAUCUAGUAUGGAGUGAGUACUUUACUGUAUAAUUGUUUUAAAUACACUUGAUUUAUAAAAAAAAAAAGUUAAGCUGUCAGUAGGAAUUUGCAUAAAAUAAAUAUAUUUGUUAUGAA